AAAAGAAUCCCACUACUGUGAUUCUUCCUGAAGCUUAUAGAACGCAUUUUUAGAGGAUUUGUAUCAGUAAAAGUUCUCGAAAAUGGCUGCAAGCUUCUACCACCAAGACACCCCGUCAGAUAUAAAGAAUGCAAAGGUAUCCAUUCUACAUUGGCUUCCCACACGAGAUUCGACCAAUAAAUGACUCCAGAUCUAGGGGCUACACUUGAUAACCCUGAAUACGCCCAACGGGAAGAAGGUACAGAUUUUAUGUGAAGAGCUGCGAGCAAAAUAUGGCUUUCAAUGUACAUGAAACACAGCAGCAUACCGACAGCGUCGAAGGAUGAGACUGACACGACCAAAGUUACUUGCACCAUACUCGAUACCAAAACCAUGGCUCAAAAGAGUGACUGGUUCUUGACCAUGAGUCCCAAUGGUAAGAAAUUCUGCGUUUCACUAUACCAAGAGUGUUUUCAGAUCAGGAAGUAGAGGUAACAUGAUCUAGGUCGCAUCCCAAUUAUCGUGGACAACACCAAGAAAGAGCCAUUCGUUGUCAUGGAGUCAUCUGCCGAACUUGUUUACAUCCAGAAAGAAUAUGACCCCGAGAACGCUUUCGGGUUUGAAGAUUCGCUCGAGCAAUCGCAAAGUUUGCAAUGGCUUUUCUUUUGGCAUGGUGGUGUAAGAACCUCUGUUUGCUAAAACUCCAUGAUGAAAACAUGGUCCGUAUCGCGAGAGUGCUGAUCCGUCAUAGGGAGGGCCAAUCCAAGGUCAAUUGAGCUUUUUCGGAACCCAAGACCCCCAGGACAAAUGUAGGCUGUGGAGGCAAAGCUAGAAGACCAAGACUGAUGUAUAGAUGCAGUCGCGACCGAAAGAUUCUUGACCGAGACUAAGCGGAUAUAUGGCGUACUUGAACUCCACUUGUCUGGGAAGUACACCAAGGAGCUGCGCGAAUAUAUUGCUGGCAAGGGCAAAGGGAAGUAUUCGGUUGCUGACAUGGGGCUUUGGCGUAAGUUCAAAAUCGCAGUUCUUUCAUUUUGGAAGUAAGCUGAAAAGACCUCUUUAGCUUGGAUCAAUGGUUGGGGAUAUACUGGCCUCAUCACUCCAAAGGACAUGGAAGAGUUCCCACAUCUGAUGAAGUGGCUUGCGAGAAUUAGAGAGGUACUCAUAAAUUGCGUUCCAUUCUAGCGGGACAAUGCAUGCUGAUUCAUCUAGCGCACGGCGGUAAAGGAAGGCACGAACCAGAAAUACGCAUAA